AUGUCUGAAAGCAACGACUUCUCCAUGGUGGACGUGUCCAACGCCGUGGACAGCAUCGCCUCCGACUCUGGGCAAGCACCGCCCCAAAGAAGAAAAUCCAAGCUAAUCUUGGACGACAGCGAAGACAACGAAAACAUGCAUGUGGAAGAGCAACAGCCUCUGGCUGAGGAGUCUUCCAAAAAGAAGACUGAGCCCAGCGGGUCUGCUCCCGUUCCCGACCCAAAUGCUACUGUUCCUGUGGACAUUAAAUGGGUCCAGGGCGGUGAAAAGGUGUACGUGACCGGUUCCUUCACCGGAUGGAGAAAGAUGAUUGGUUUGCAGAAGCAAGAGGAGGAAAAAACGUACCUUGUUACGUUAGGGUUGCCUGUGGGCACCCACCGCUUCCGUUUCGUCGUUGACAACGAGUUGCGUUUUUCCGACUUCUUGCCCACAGCAACAGACCUGAUGGGCAACUUUGUCAACUACAUCGAAGUGACCCCCGAGCAUGUGCAAUUGCACCUUAAACAGUUAGAAGAAGAACAGGAGGAGAUGGCGCGUGAGGAGGAGGAAAGCAAGCUGCGUACCAGCAGAAGGUCGUCUGUCAGCUCCAGAGGCCGCUCCAACUCGGUGUUUGGUUUCACCAACGACGAGGACGAUAUGGGUGAUGGCUAUUCCAGAUACCACGAGGAAGCCGAAGACGCUCCAGCCAAAACUUACAAUUAUGUAAGCGACAUUCCCCCCAUUUUCGAAGACCCAAAGGUCAUGGAACAGUAUUACCUAGCAUUGGAGCAGCGCUCUAGAAACAGAAACCAGCAAGACCAAGCUUGGUUGUGUGCUCCACAAUUACCCCCACAUCUUGAAAACGUUAUUCUCAACAGCUAUAACUCGCAGGACAAGGACAACAACUCCGGCGCCUUGCCUAUCCCCAACCACGUUGUGCUCAACCACUUGGCCACUACCAGCGUCAAGCAUAACACUUUGGCGGUGGCUUCGGUUAUCAGGUACAAAAGGAAGUAUGUGACCCAGGUGUUGUAUGCUCCACUACAGCAGUAA